AUUUGAUAUGGGUGAACGUCCGUAAUUUAGUGAGGUCGCAGCCCGUGCCUGCAUGCUAACCGUGUUUGGCGUCGGUGCGUCUGCCCAGCUGGGCACCGUGCCCCGCGCAACUGUCCUAUUUCUCGUUGCUCUCGUAGUCCCGUGUCAAAACGGUCAAAGCAUCAGGUGUCUCCUCUCCCAGAGACCCAGACUCCUCACCAAUCACAUCCGGUGUAGUAGGACAAGCGGCGGCGGCGGGCGGCGGCGGAGGCCCCAGUAGCCAUCUCGCUCCAUCCCCUCUCCCCAGAUCCUUGCAACGCGACGCGCAGAUCCAAUCUACUCACGCAUUGCAUCGCUUGUUGCUGCGGAUGCGCUGCUAUUGAUCAUCCGAUCUGGUUCGUCGUCGUUCUCCAUAGUUCCAGACGGCGACGAUGGUGGCGGUGAAGAAGGGCCCCGCGACGACGGAGGACACCAACAAGGCGGCGUCUGAGAGGAAGACGACGAAGCCCGACAUGACGAGGCGCGUGACGUCGGCGGAGAUGGCGCGGCACUGCGUCGAGGGCGACGUGUGGGUGGCCGUGCAGGGUAAGGUCUACGACGUCACGCCCUGGCUGCCGCACCACCCGGGCGGGGACCUCCCGCUGCUGAGCCUGGCCGGGCAGGACGUCACCGACGCCUUCGUCGCCUACCACCCGGCGUCCGCGUGGCGGGUGCUGGACCGCUACCGCGUCGCCACGCUCUCCGACUACGCCGUCUCCGACGUCUCCAGCGACUACCGCCGCCUCGUGGCCGAGUUCGCCAAGGCGGGGCUCUUCGACCGCAAGGGCCACGGCUGCGCCGCGUCGCUGUGCGCCAUGGCGGCGCUGCUGGCGGGCGCCGUCUGGCUCGUCCUCGCCACCACGAGCGUGGCCGCGCACAUGGCGGCCGCCGUCAUGCUGGGCUUCCUGUGGAUGCAGUCGGGCUUCCUCGGCCACGACUCGGGCCACUACGUGGUGAUGCGGACGGGGCCCCUGAACCGCGCCGUGCAGCUGGUGGCCGGCAACUGCGUCGCCGGCAUCAGCAUCGGGUGGUGGAAGCGCAACCACAACGCGCACCACAUCGCGUGCAACAGCCUCGACCACGACCCGGACGUGCAGCACAUGCCGCUCUUCGCCGUCUCGCCGCGCCUCUUCGCGUCCCUCACCUCCGCCUUCUACCGCCGCGCCAUGCGCUUCGACGCCGCCGCGCGCCUCCUCGUCAGCUACCAGCACUGGACCUUCUACCCGGUCAUGUGCGUGGCGCGCGUCAACCUCUUCGCGCAGUCGCUGCUGCUGCUGCUGGUUGUUUCCGACGCCGACGCCCGGGUGCCGGGGCGGCUCAUGGAGCUCGCGGGCGUCGCCGUGUUCUGGGUGUGGUACCCGUGGCUGGUGUCCCGGCUGCCCGGCGGCGCCACCGAGCGCGCCGCCUUCGUGCUGCUGAGCUUCGCCGUCACGGGGAUCCAGCACGUGCAGUUCUGCCUGAACCACUUCUCGGCGGGGACGUACGUGGGGCGGCCCCGCGGCGACGACUGGUUCCAGAAGCAGACGCGGGGCACGCUGGACGUGGCGUGCCCGCCGUGGAUGGACUGGUUCCACGGCGGGCUGCAGUUCCAGGUGGAGCACCACCUGUUCCCGCGCCUGCCGCGCUGCCACCUCCGCCGCGUGGCGCCCAUGGUGCGCGACCUCUGCCGCAAGCACGGACUGCCCUACCAGCGCUGCGGCUUCUGGGAGGCCAACGCGCGCACGCUGCGCGAUGCCGCCAUGCAGGCGCGCGAGGUCACCGCCGCCGGCGGCGGCGGUGGCUCGGGGCCCAAGCCCAAGAACCUCGUAUGGGAGGCCGUCAACACCCAUGGCUGAUUUAUUUUAUUAUUUUAGAUGUGGAUGCAGUUAGUCCAUUGCGUACUUAGAUGAGAUUGGAUGCAAACAUGAAAGAAGAAACACCAUUAUUGUUGAGUUUGAUCGGGCAGGCAUGCAUGAAUGAAUCGAUUUGGAGCAGGUACAAUACAA